ACCAACAUAACUGCCCUUAAACUCUCUUUAUAUAAACCCAUAUCAUUCACAAACUUCUACCACCAAACCUCACCCUUACCUCUUCUUCUUUCUUAUAUCAUCCCCUCCUCAAAAACCUUACUCUAAUGGGUAACGCAGACUAUGAAUACCCGAACGUGGAGAGUGUGCAACGAGUGGCUAUUCCACCCCCUCAACCAUUCUUCAAGUCUCUCAAGUACUCCUUGAAAGAGACCUUUUUCCCAGAUGACCCGUUUAGGAAGUUCAAGAACCAAACAUCCUCAGUCAAGUUCGUCCUCGGACUUCAGUACUUCUUCCCCAUCUUUGAAUGGGCACCCAAAUACACCCUCCAGUUCUUGAAAUCAGACCUCAUAUCUGGCAUCACCAUUGCCAGUUUGGCCAUUCCUCAAGGCAUCAGCUACGCCAAGCUCGCCAACCUCCCUCCAAUUCUCGGACUUUAUUCGAGCUUCAUACCCCCACUGAUUUAUGCUAUGAUGGGAAGCUCAAAGGAUUUGGCGGUGGGAACUGUGGCGGUUGGAUCACUUCUGAUGGCUUCUAUGUUGGGUCGAGUGGUGAACUACGUCGAGAAUCCCAACCUUUUUCUCCAUCUAGCUUUCACUGCUACAUUCUUUGCUGGAGUUUUGCAGGCAUCGCUGGGCUUCUUCAGGUUAGGGUUCAUCGUGGAUUUUCUGUCACAUGCAACCAUAGUAGGGUUCAUGGGGGGAGCAGCCACAGUGGUUUGUCUGCAACAGCUAAAAUCAAUUCUUGGUCUUGAACAUUUUACUCACGAGGCUGAUAUAGUGUCAGUGAUGCGCUCUGUUUUCAGCCAAACUCACCAGUGGAGGUGGGAAAGCGCUGUGUUGGGUUGUUGCUUUAUUUUCUUUCUCCUUGUCACAAGAUACUUCAGCAAACGACAACCAAAGUUCUUCUGGGUGUCAGCAAUGGCACCAUUGACGUCGGUCAUACUUGGAAGUCUACUGGUUUAUCUCACACACGCUGAGAAACAUGGAGUUCAAGUGAUAGGAAAAUUGAAGAAGGGGCUGAAUCCACCUUCCGUGACGAAUUUGGUGUUGGUGUCACCUUACAUGGGAACUGCCAUAAAAACUGGACUUGUCACUGGCAUUAUAGCACUUGCGGAAGGAAUAGCAGUGGGUAGAAGCUUUGCAAUGUUUAAAAAUUAUCAUAUUGAUGGGAACAAAGAGAUGAUAGCUAUUGGAACCAUGAAUAUUUUUGGUUCCUUCACCUCCUGCUAUCUCACCACAGGACCAUUUUCACGUUCAGCUGUGAACUAUAAUGCGGGGUGCAAGACUGCAGCAUCAAACAUUGUGAUGGCAAUAGCAGUGAUGUUAACAUUGUUAUUCUUAACACCCUUGUUCCAUUUCACUCCCCUGGUGGUGUUAUCAGCCAUAAUUGUGUCAGCAAUGCUCGGUCUCAUUGAUUAUGAAGCAGCCAUUCAUUUGUGGAAAAUCGACAAAUUUGAUUUCUUUGUGUGCUUCAGUGCUUAUGUUGGCGUAGUCUUUGGCAGUGUUGAAAUUGGCCUAGUCAUAGCAGUUGCAGUAUCUCUACUUCGAGUACUUCUUUUUAUUGCAAGGCCAAGAACAUUUCUCUUAGGCAACAUUCCAAAUUCCACAGUAUACAGAAACGUGGAACAAUAUCCAAAUGCAAAUCAUGUUCCUGGAAUCCUAAUUCUAGAAAUUGAUGCUCCCAUUUACUUUGCCAAUGCAAGCUAUUUACGAGAAAGAAUCACAAGGUGGAUAGAUGAAGAGGAAGAUAGGAUAAAAGCUUCAGACCAAACCAGUUUACAGUAUGUUAUAAUGAAUAUGACUGCUGUUGCAAACAUUGAUACAAGUGGAAUAAGCAUGCUUGAAGAGUGCAAGAAAACUGCUGACAGAAGAGGGUUACAACUUGUUUUGGUAAAUCCUGGAAGCGAGGUGAUGAAGAAGCUGAACAAAUCGAAGUUCCUUGAUGAACUAGGGCAUAAAUGGGUGUAUCUGACAGUUGAAGAAGCUGUUGGUGCAUGCAAUUUCAUGGUCAACUCAUACAAACCGAACCCCAUGAAGGAUGAUUCAGAACCUGAUAAAAGCAUUGUUUAGAUAUUAACCCUAAAGUAUGUGCCAUGAGAAUCAUGCUGCACAAGAUUUAGAGUCAUAUGGGUAUUUAAAUUUCUCAAGAUAAUUAGUUGGAAGAAAGUUUUCAACAUGAGCUGUGCUUAAUUAAUAAUCUAUCAAAGAGAAAGUGGCUGCAAUGGAAUUGAGUUCCAUGGAAAUGUUAUAGAGCUGAUCAGUGACCAUUGCAAAAUUAUAAAUAAAUAUUUAGUUUCCUUCA